UGCCACCUGGUCCGACUGCUGUAGACGCAAUUCCCCUGGAACCCUCUCGACCACAACGCAUUCCAUUGAAGCACGCUCCUUCGCUUUCCCUCUCCGCUCCUUUCCCUCCUCCGCCUUGUGCUCGUCCAAAUACGUCUCACACGCCGCGUCCAGAGGGAAUACGACCGUUCACGCAUCAGUCAGGAGGGCAGGGCAAGGCAAAGAAGCGGGUACCACAAUCAUACCGCCGGCGAGAAGGACCGGCCGAUCAUCUACGACAUCUGGGAACGCGCUUUAGCAGCAUCUGCCCACCAUGGCGACCUUUCUCGAAAAUGCGUACAGCUUGGUGCAUCAAGACAAUGCCGCCGACCAGCCCUCCCUCCAAGACCUUCGGAACCAGCUCGAGAAGGGAACAGAUGAGUCGAAGAUCGAGACAAUGAAGCGCAUCUUGACCGUCAUGCUCAAUGGGGAUCCCAUGCCGAGUCUGCUCAUGCACAUCAUCCGCUUCAUCAUGCCGAGUAAGAGCAAGCCGCUGAAGAAGUUGCUAUACCUCUACUACGAAAUCUGCCCCAAGCUCGACUCCAAUGGCAAGAUGAAGCAAGAAAUGAUCCUAGUGUGUAAUGGAAUUCGCAUGGAUCUCCAACACGCCAACGAAUACAUUCGCGGAAACACCCUUCGAUUCAUAUGCAAACUACGUGAGCCCGAACUCAUCGAGCAUCUCCUCGCCCCGACCCGCGCUUGCCUCGAGCACCGACAUUCUUACGUACGGAAGAAUGCGGUCUUCGCCAUUGCCUCCAUCUACCAACUCUCCGAAUCCCUCGUCCCCGACGGCCCCGAGCUUAUUCAGAACUUCCUAGAGUCCGAGUCUGACAACACUUGCAAACGAAAUGCAUUCGCCGCAUUGCUGAGCAUCAGUCAUGAGAAGGCGUUGGAGUUCCUAAGUGGCGUGUUCGAGGGUAUACCGAAUGCGAGCGAAUUGCUACAGCUCGUGGAAUUGGAGUUCAUCCGCAAGGAUGCUGUGCAGAAUCAGCAGAACAAGGCACGCUAUCUGCGUUUGAUCUUCGACCUGUUGGAGGCGAAAGAGUCCACCGUGGUCUACGAAGCCGCAUCAUCCCUGACAAGCUUAACAAACAACCCCGUCGCCGUCAAAGCAGCCGCUGGCAAAUUCAUCGAACUCGCCAUCAAGGAGUCCGACAAUAACGUCAAGCUCAUCGUUCUGGAGAAGGUCAACCAACUACGAAAAGCCAACUACGGCAUCCUGGACGAUUUGACCAUGGAGAUUCUGCGAGUACUUUCGAGCCCGGAUCUCGACGUGCGAAGGAAGUCUCUUGAACUCGCAAUGGACAUGGUGAGCAGCAAGAACGUCGAGGAAGUCGUGAUGCUACUCAAGAAAGAGCUUGCAAAGACCGUGGACGAGCAGUACGAGAAGAACAACGAAUACCGCUCCUUACUCAUCCACUCCAUCCAUCAAUGCGCGAUCAAAUUCUCCGAAAUCGCGCAGAGUGUCGUUGGGCUGCUCAUGGAUUUCAUCGCGGACUUUAACAACGCCUCCGCCGUGGACGUGAUCACCUUCGUCAAAGAGGUCGUCGAGCGCUUCCCGAAAAUGCGCGGAUCCAUCAUCGAAAGGCUUGUCGGCACUUUGAGCGAAGUGCGAGCAGGCAAGGUGUACAGAGGUAGCCUGUGGAUCGUGGGAGAAUACUCGCUAGAGGAAAAGGACAUUCAGGGAGCAUGGAAGCGCAUCCGGGCAUCCCUCGGCGAGAUCCCUAUAGUAGCCUCGGAGGCGAGAUUACUCGAGGAGCAGCCGGAUGGCGAACUCCCGCUGAACGAACAAGUCAACGGGCACGCGCGAACUCCAUCGACGCAUGCGGCUCCCAAGCGUGUACUUGCAGACGGUACUUAUGCCACAGAGAGCGCUCUCACCAGCCAGGCGUCGGCCAAGGCGAAGCUGGACGCCGUCAAAGCAGCACAGAAGCCGCCUCUUCGGCAACUGAUCCUGGACGGCGACUUCUAUCUCGCAACCGUGCUGUCGUCGACGCUGACGAAGCUGGUAAUGCGACACGCCGAGAUAUCCAAUGACUCCGCCCGGACAAAUGCACUCCGCGCUGAGGCCAUGUUGAUUAUGAUCUCCAUCAUUCGCGCCGGACAGAGCCAGUUUGUCAAGCAGCCGAUCGACGAAGACUCGGUAGAUCGGAUCAUGGCGUGUGUCCGGUCGCUUGCCGAGUUUUCGCAGAAGAAAGACCUCGAAACGGCCUUCUUGGAUGAUACUCGACAGGCCUUCCGAGACAUGAUGCAUGUCGAGGAGAAGAAGCGAGCCGAAAAGGACGCCAUGCUGAAGGCCAAGAGCGCAAUCCAGGUCGACGAUAUGUUCUCCAUUCGCCAGCUCACGAAGAAGAAUGCCACGGACGGCGAAGGAGACAUGGAAAUGGACCUUGAGAAAGCUACCGGCGGCGAUGCGACGACGGAGGACCUCUCGAGCAAGCUCAACCGCGUCGUCCAGCUGACCGGCUUCUCAGACCCCGUGUAUGCGGAGGCUUACGUCCAAGUGCACCAGUUCGACAUCAUCCUCGACGUGCUACUGGUGAAUCAAACGCGCGACACACUGCAAAACCUGUCCGUCGAAUUUGCCACGCUCGGCGAUCUAAAGGUCGUCGAGCGGCCGACCACACAAAACCUGGGUGGUCUGGAUUUCCUGAAUGUGCAAGCGACAAUCAAGGUCAGCAGUACAGACACUGGGGUCAUCUUCGGCAACGUGGUGUACGAUGGUGCGUCGAGCACCGAGUCCAACGUCGUCAUUCUCAAUGAUGUGCACGUCGAUAUCAUGGACUACAUCCAGCCCGCCCAUUGUUCGGAGACGCAGUUCCGCACCAUGUGGACGGAGUUUGAAUGGGAGAACAAGGUAAAUAUCAACACCAAGAUGCCGGAAGGCAAGGGAUUACGGGAGUUCUUGCAGAGCUUGAUGAAGGUAACGAACAUGUCCUGCCUCACGCCCGAGGCGAGCUUGGAGGGCGAAUGCCAGUUUUUGAGCGCAAACUUGUAUGCUCGGAGUGUUUUCGGCGAGGAUGCAUUGGCGAAUUUGAGCGUGGAAAAGGAAGGGGAGAACGGGCUUGUCACGGGAUUCAUGAGAAUACGAAGUCGAUCGCAGGGCCUGGCCUUGAGUCUGGGCAGCUUGAAGGGCCUGACCAAGAUUGGAGAAUUGGCGUGAGGGAUCAGAGCCGUGGAGAUGGGUGUAUUUGCAAUGAGCAGGAUGCCGUUGGCUUCGCCUGGCUAGCGCUGAUGGUAUAGAGCAUACGGCCGGCUCGCUCAGGCCAUCAUCCCGAAGUGGGGAAUGUCAUACGUGCGAGCGAAGAUGCAAUGGGAUGGAGCUAGCAGUGCUUCAAUCAAAAGCCAAUAAGUAGGUAUGAUCUAUAGAAUAGCCAAUUUGCACAAGUCUGGUCUUCGCAUG